GAUGACUUCACAUAACCCCUGUAUUCUUUGUUGUAGUCCCAGACAGCUUACGCUAUAAUGACAACUCAGGAUUGGUAUUUAAACUUGCCAAGAACCAACAUCUUAAAAUACCCAUUAAUUGGGCGGUUAGGUACAAAUUUACAAAGAAAUAACAAUAAAGGAACGCAAUUUUAAAUAGAAAAUUUCAUUGAAUAGUAGAAAAUGAAAUUCUCUCUUUUGUGGGCAGCAGCCUGUGUCUUACAAACUGCAAAGAAUCAGCUUUCUUCUGCUGCCGUUAUUGACACAAAUGACGACAGUGGGAAAUCUGUUGUUAUGGGAUUAAAACAUAGUUAUUCCCGAGAUGAUUCUGCAGAUUUUGAAAGAACUCGUUUCUUGUCGAAACGAGAUGAGUCAGGUUAUCCUCUUUUGGAUCUAGAGUAUACUAAUACAGGAAGUUACUUCGCUAGUAUCAUCAUGGGUGAAAAAAAGAAAAACUUCUCCUUGACACUCGAUACUGGUAGCCCUUAUACUUGGGUAACCGCGAAUAAUAUAACAGCCCUUGAUCCUUCCGAGUUCAGUCAGGUGGAAAUGGCUCCAGGAAAAUCUACAUCUGAAAUACAAAGCAUUUGCAGUAACUAUACUUGCUAUGACUUUUCAGACACCAGUGCGAAGAUUACUGGUAGCAACAUCAUCGGUUUCCUUACUGGAUAUGGUGAUAACACCACUGCUAUUGGUUAUAACAUGGUUGACAAGGCUUAUUUUGCUGGAUUAGCUCUUGACAACUUCACUUUUGGUGUCGCCACUCGUGAAUACGAUUCCCAGCAGAUUAGCGUUACCCCCGGUAUCAUCGGUUUGUCUCCAGGAAUGACCAUUACUGGUGUUACGUCGAACAACCGUGCUGUCGCUUAUUCACCUCCUACUAUUGUCGAACAGUUGUAUACUUCUGGCCUGAUCAAUUCCUAUUCUUUUGGUAUCUACCUGAAUGAACAAGAAGGUGAAUUGAUCUUUGGUGGUUAUAAUAAAGCAAAGGUUGACGGUAAUUUCCAUUGGUUGGACAUCUCCGGUGAAAGUAAUUUUUACUCUGUAUUUUUGGAGAGUUUGAGUUUGCCCGAUCCAUCCAACCAACAAAACUCAAAGAAACUGACUUUUGAGAAGCGCGAUUCUAGUUUACAAGUCAACCAAAACACUACUGUUGAUACUGGUACCGUCUUGUUGUACAUGCCCGACAAUGUUGUUGAGGGUAUUGCUGAUCGUUACUCAGGAUUCAUUAGCAGUCAAGGAUACCCAGUUGUUUACUGUAAUUCCUUUUCUGAUUCUGAUCAUGUCCAGUUUAACUUCCAAGGUGAUGCUUCCUUCCAAGUCAGUAUAAAAGAAUUAGUGAUUGCUCGUGAACCAUACCAAGGAGAUGAGGUUUGUUACUUGGCUUUCGUUCCAAGUCCUGAUACUUGCAUCCUUGGUCAAUACUUUUUGCAGAACGUUUACGCUGCUUACGAUUGGGAUGCCCAAAAAAUCGGAUUUGCUAAUCUUCGUAGCAACGCCACCGGUUCUGGCGUUGAAGUUUCUAACAUCGCUUCCGCUUUGAGUGGUGUCCCAACUUCCAAACCCCCUACUACUCCUGCCGCGGAUGGUCAAAGCAUUGGUUCUUCUAGUGUUCCUUUAACCGGUACACCCGGCGCCAAUAGCACAUUGCAAGAAAGUACUAGUGGAACUGAGGAGUCUAUUGCUUCGUCUUUCGGCAAAUACGGUCUGUAUUCCGUGUUUGCAAUGAUGAGUUCUUUUUUCUUUGUCCUUGUCGUUAUGUAAAUAUUCCUCCAUUUCAAAAGCGAAUUUUUGCUUUUAAGUCGUUCCUUGCCUUUCACGUUUCUACGAUCAAAACGGAAAGUAUUUAACUCCCAAUCUAUCUAUUAUGUGUUUAACACUUGUUAUCUUUACUUUAUAUAUAUGUAGUUACUCCUCUUCACUUAUGAAUCCUUGCAAUUGUUAUAUUACUUUUCUAUAUUUGAUUAUCGUUUGCUGAUAUUUUAAGUAAUGUGUGAUAUGUCGAAUAUUUUUUACUCUAUAUUACUUCUUUUCUUUCUUUUUUUUUGGUUUUUGAAUAGUUAAAUACGAAGCAGCUUUAAAGAAUUGAAUAACUUUUAACAAUUAAUACCUUCCUUUGUCUUACGAGC